AUGAAGCAAAGAAAGGAGUGGGUGCCACCAGGAGACACGCCGAAGCUUAGAGUCAAGCAGGAUCUCCACCCAAAAAAGAGAAUGAUCUGCGUUUGGUGGGACUGGGAAGUGUACGUCAACCUUUAUGUUAUAAAAGUUAUACCACAGCCCAGAAUACAGCAAAGAAUCGUGUCGGGAAAUGACAGAGGAAUCUCCAGGAACAAACGUCUGUUCGCAAACAAAUUUAAGGAUUACUAG